GGCGGCGGACUGAGAGCGGCCCGAAGCAGCCGCGCUCGCAGCCUGGCCGGGGCCCCGGGGGGGCGGCAUGGGCGGCUCGGCGCGGCGGCGGGGGAGAUGAGCCUCGACGACCACCAUGGGCACGGCCGUCUCCAAGCGCCGCGCCCUUCGCAACGAGGCCGUGGCGUCGGUGGCGGCCAAAGUCAGAGCGGCAAGGGCCUUUGGAGACUACCUGUCCCAAAACCAUCCUGAAGGCAGGAAUGGCUCAGAUCACCUCUUGGCAGAAUCCUACGUGGGUCCAGAAGACUCUCCAGAGAUGCACCAGGCUGCUCAGAACAAGCGCCGACUGUCGCUCAUAUCGGACGGCAAGUUUGAAAGAAGCUUCUCAGAGGAGCGUGGUGAGAAGCUGACAGGAGAGGGCCCCAAGCCCCGAGUUUACACGAUCUCUGGUGAGCGGCCCAUGCUGUCCCAGCACCAGAGUGAGAGCAUGGAGCUGGUGGUCAUCAAAGGACCUGAGGCUGAGGAAGAAGAGGAGGACGACUGCUCCCAGGGACAGCCCUUGCAGAACGCUGGCAGCUCUCAUAACAUCAGCAGGCAUUGCAAAGAUGGCUGGACAAGCAAUCGGCAGGCCUCCAAGGAGUGCCCCGGGUGUACCCAGUUGGCUGCUCCUUCACAGCAUGCCUUUGAUCUCGAGCAUCAUCAUCAUCAUCACCACCACCAUCAUCACCAGGCUGGCGAGACUGGCUGGCGCCGAAAGAAGUUGGAGAGGAUGUACAGCAUUGACCGUGUGUCGGAUGACGUUCCAAUCAGGACUUGGUUUCCCAAAGAGAACCUGUUCACUUUCCAAACAGCUACAACAACUAUGCAAGCGGCAUUCAGGGGCUACGCAGAGAGGAAGAGGCGGAAGCGGGAAAAUGAUUCUGCAGCUCUGAUUCAGAGAAAUUUCAGGAAGCAUCUGCGCAUGGUGGGGAGCCGUCGCAUGAAGGCGCAGACAUUUGCCGAGCGGCGAGAAAGGAGCUUCAGCCGAUCCUGGAGCGACCCGACUCCCAUUAAGCCUGAAAACCUCAAUGACUCCCGAGAAAGCCAUGAGUUCCAGGACUCCUGCUGCGCACUUGAUAAGAGUGUUGACUUGAACUGGGAGGCAGAGAAAGAGCUUGAAGCUGCAGCCUGCAGUGGGGAGGACUUCAUCCCACCCAAGAUCAUGCUCAUUUCUUCCAAGGUGCCCAAAGCAGAAUACGUUCCAACAAUCAUCCGCAGGGACGAUCCAUCCAUCAUCCCCAUUCUCUAUGAUCAUGAACAUGCUACCUUUGAUGACAUUUUGGAGGAAAUUGAGAAGAAGUUGAAUAUCUAUCGGAAAGGCUGCAAAAUUUGGAAGAUGCUAAUUUUCUGUCAGGGCGGCCCGGGUCACUUGUACCUCCUGAAGAACAAAGUCGCCACCUUUGCAAAAGUGGAGAAGGAGGAAGACAUGAUCUAUUUCUGGAAGCGGCUGGGCCAUCUGAUGAGCAAACUGAACCCUGAACCGAAUGUGAUUCACAUCAUGGGGUGCUAUGUACUUGGAAACCAUAAUGGAGAAAAGCUUUUCCAAAACCUGAAGAACUUAAUGAGCCCCUGUCGAGUUACCUUUGAAUCUCCACUAGAACUUUCUGCUCAAGGGAAGCAGAUGAUCGAAACUUAUUUUGAUUUCCGCCUUUACCGCCUUUGGAAGACCCGCCAGCACUCCAAACUGCUGGAUUAUGAUGACAUCUUAUGAGGGCACCCAAAAUCACCCAGGAGCGGCUGAUUUCAGCGGAGUCCAAAUGGCCAAGCUUCGUGCUGAGAGACCUUUUCCAAGGUACAGGGGAGGCCAUUGGAGCCCCUUGGUGGUGGCAGUGGCACCGCAGAGCUAGACGGGAACACUGAUGGGACGUCGAGAGCUUUGGAGAGGAUGGCCUGCUACCUCAGGCGUGCAGAGUCGGACCAGCACGUAUGGCUGUUGGUGGGAGUGCUGUGGAACAGGCCGGGAUUGGACUGAGCUCAUUUAGUUCACAAAGGGCCAAACUCAUCUGCAGGUCCUUUUCAAAAGACACUUAAAGCUCAGGUUUUCUUAACUACAAGAACUCAAAUGACAAUCUUUUUCUUUGUGCUACUGAAUGAAGGGGGAGCAUCUGUGUGCAGCAUCCUCCUGUUUUUCAUGCACAGCUGUCUCUCUUUUGGAGGCAAGGAACGCCAUACUCAACCCCGCGUGCUUUGAGCUGCAAGGUCCAAAACCUUUGCGUUGAUCAGAGAAAAUCCAGACUUUAAAAAUCUUACUAAUUUUAAUAGGGAAAAAUAAGUGCAAUUUUUAUAUGAAUAGAGGGAAUAUUUAAUUAGCUAUCGAUGUAAACACACAUCAGUAAUUAAUAGAUGAGAUAUUUUUUGUCUGCUUGAAAAUAUAUUUGAAAUAGUAAUAUAUCUUCUGUAGACAUAUAUGUGUGUGUGUGUGUGUGUGUGUAUAUAUAUAUAUAUAUAUAAAUAUAUAUGUAAUCACCAGCAGGAUUGGUUUUUGACGUGCUAAUUUGCAGACCUGCAUGUCUGCACUUUUAAUUUGGAUUCCAAUCUAGCUUGGGAGGACACUUUAACUGUAGGUUCCCUUAAGGAGAUUGUUCCUGUGUUGAAAGAACAACCCACAUUCUUAUUUGCUGCUUGGCAAAACUAGAGUUUUGUCCAACAUUUUUAGUUUAGAAAUACAGCGAUGUAGCCAAGAGGAAUCUUGCCCUGUUCUCAUGAAAAUAUAUAUCGCAACCAACUAGCCAUGUUAACAGACUCACUCGCUGCUCUUAAUUGUGAUGUCUUUUUGAGGAGGAGAAGGGAAUCUGAAAGAUAGCUUUUAGUUCUUUGGCUGUUGUGUGGAGCUGAGAACAUCAGCCAUGGCAGCUUGAUUUUGGAGGGGAAGUCUUCUUUGUGUGUAAAACUGAAGUGCAGUGCAGAGGGGUGUGUUCCCCUCCAUACCUUUUUUUGUGUUGGCACAGAAAGGAAAAUUUGUCAGUGAUCAUUUGAUAGAAUCUAUCUCUGUUCCAGACAAAGCUAGUAUGUGGUUGUUGUCUGUGUGUGACUGUAGUCGGAUGAUCCAGCUCUUUGCUUAGUACCUUUUGAGGAAAUAUUUUGAGACAGGUGGAUGGUUCUUUCAUACUCACCUUCAUGUUCAAGCGACAUGAAUAGCCAUGGAGGCUGUGCUCUCCAAGGCAGGUGUCAUCUUCAUGGUUAUUUGAGGUGGGCUUACUGUUUGUUCCUGACAAAAAGUGAAAUGUUGGGGAGACUAAUUUGGAGGUCUCCCUGCAUUCUUAGCUUUCUGAGAAAAUGGUGACGUGAAGACAAGUGUACAUUAUGAAUCUUCCUUGGACCUUUCCUUGUGGUGAUGCUUUUCAUCCUUUCUUGCUAUUUGUACCAUUGAUAGCCAAACCACCAACAACUGAUGGCUGAACACCAGUCCUUUUACUGUCUGUCUCUAUUUGCGCUAGAAAACUUUUCUGAGCUUCUGAAUCAGAAAGCAGGCGGAAAAUGACAAUGACAUUCAAGUUUUGUCGUAUUUACAAAUUUAACUCUUUAGUUUGCCAUCUUCAUGUUUUAGUUCCAGAAUUUCAAUUUUGAAGGAUAUGUUCCAAAAACUAAAGUCCUUUAUUUAUUUUUUGCUAAACCUAUUUGACUGUCCUGUUUCAGAAUUAACCUUCCAGUGUCCCAUUCUUUACAUUGUGUCUUUCUCAGCAGCCCUUAAAUCCAACAGCAUGUUGGAUUGGGCAUGUUUGUAUAAUUUUCUUGACAAGCUGGUAAAAAGUUUUGCAAGAAAACCUGAACAAGGACCAUUUUAAAAACUUUUACUCCUUAAAAUCCAUUUCAUCAAGAGGUAAUGGGAAGUCAUUCAAAAUAAUAAUAUAAGAUCGUAAUUCUCUUGGCAGUUUAUUUUGUAAUGCUAAUACUUCCCUAUGGAGUGCUUUUGUAGUUGCUGUUUGUUGUGGGAGACAGAGGGCUCCAAUGUUUAUUUGCAGGCUCAGUUGAGCAAAGAAUUGUACAGAAGAUUUUUUUAUAAAUAAUGUAAGUGGUUUGGUCUCCAAUCAGCUGCACCUGGGGGGAUGCCAGAUAUGCUCUGCUGUAACACAAGACUGCUUCAAAGAAGUGUCAUGGUAGAGCUUUUGUACGUUUCGAGGGCAUUUUGAUACAUGAUGUUUUCCAUAUAUCAAGGUAAUUUCCAUGUACAUGAAAGCAUAAACACAAUCAUAUUUGCAGUACAGUAUGUGUGUGUGUGUGUAUGUUGCCAGGGAUCACUCAACCACUAUGUACUUGUGGCAGAAUAAGCACUUGUGCCAUGCUUCGAAUGAAUGGUGAGAUUGGAGGUCUAUUAGCCGGAGCGCAGUCAGUGGCUGCCCAGUUAUUCCAGCAGGGAAGCUUGCAGAGAGGGUUUGAUAGGCAGACUCAUUCCCAGUUGCUUGACAUUUGUUAUAAACUGCCCCUGGACAUGGAGGUCCUAUUCUUGGUCAUCGUGGCUAAUAGCAACAGAUAGACCCAUCUUUCAUAAAUCUCUGUGGGUUUUUUUUUAAUCCCUCUCUGCUAGCAGCUAUUACCAACAUCUUAGGACAAUACCAGUUAUAUAUUUUACUCUCUAUUUUCUUAGAUUCUGUCUGUGUAGGAAAAGGUUACAUUUAAAGUAGUGGUAUUGAGUGGUGGGAGGGGUGUUCAAAUGACUCAAAGAAGCUCUUAGAUGUGGCCCUUAGAUGCUGCCCUUUGUCUGCAUUGUAGAAUCAUAUAAUUGGAAGGGCUUCAGUCACAACCAGCAUUUUCUCAAAACUUACAAGGCAGGGGAAAGUCCAGAACCUCCCUGGGCACCUUGUUUUAUUCAUGAACUGCUGUGCUUCGAGUCAGAAAAUAGUUCCUCCAUGUUUUAAACCAGAUCUACCUCCCAGUAAUUUUAAAGCCAUUGGUCCUUGUCUUACCCUCUGUGGGCAAUUACGCUACUUCUCCUUCUUUCUGGUUUUCUCUGCCUAGGAGGUGGCCUCAAAGGGUAUAGCUUAAAGCCCUUAAGGUACUCCUCUUGGGAACCUGAAGCCCUCUUGGCUCUUAAGUGGGGGAAAGAAGCUUACCUCAUUAUUAGCUGUUGGAGUCCUGAAUUUUUAGGAGGGACCUAAUCUUCUGUGUUGUCCUCCUACAUGCAGUUCCUUUCUGCCAGGCCCUGAGUAUGCUCCCAAGGUCUACCUCCUCAGUGAAUUGAGGAGGAGGUGAUGCCUCUCAGUUAUCCAAUUUUGACGUCUUUCUACGUCUUUCUGCAGUCAAGGUGAUAAUUAUGGACAGCGUGAAAGCUAGCUCUACUCUGUCCUACUGGACUCCUUGUGGAUUGGGGAAAAGAAACCUAUGCUACUUUGAUGCAGAAUGAAUUCAAAAGGACUCUCAUGGAGCACUAGGCUAAGAACAUUAGAGCAUCCCUUGCCAGUAAUUUUUUUUAAAAAAAAUAAAGACCAGUAGCUUAAUAGCACAUUAAGAUACAUACAGGCGAGUCAAAAUUUCUCCUAAGAUCUUGCCCAACUUAGGAGCAUUGUAACAGCUUCCCUGCUUAAAAUCAGAUUUUAAGAUGCAAAACAGCAAGCCAGAACCUCUCCUAGGAAUCUCAUAAAUAUUUCUCACCUCUCUGGAGCUUAGCAGGGAGAAUGCUACAGAAGUAAACCUUGUCCUGUCCCCUGCUGACAAUGCUUCCCAUGAUACGAGAAGAAAGUGCAGGGCCUCCCCUGUAGAUCAUAGGGCUCAUAGGAGGUGCUUCCUAGAUAGGUUAUGUUGUGUCUUCCUGAGAUGCUGUCAUUUCAGUCCCCUAUGAUGUGAACCCGGUACAACUGCCGUAGUCCUGUGGCUUUAAGCACUGUAAUAAUAUGUCUUUGGAGAGCUUCAACAUUAUUGGUGCUCUGAGGCUGAUGCAAAUGCCUUCCACCAUUCUCGCAGGCUGGCUUUCGUGCAUUUGUGCCAAUGGUGGUCAUACUUGAGCAAUCGGGCUUGCUUGGAUAUUCUUCUGGCAAAGUGUAGGAGAAAAACCUGACUUUACAGAACUGUGUUGAAUGCAAUACAGUGAUAUCCUUGUGCAGCUUGUGGAAAAAAGAUCAGAACAACUCUGAAAAAAAUUAUAAGCAUCUUUUAGACCUAAGGAACUGACUUACAUAAGAGGUGGAGAGGUGGCCCAUUUAGCUCAGUGUGAUCUGUUCUGAGUGCCAUCAGCUCUGCAUGGUCUGGAGCAGAGAAAUCUUCCCUGGUCUUUCUACCUGAGAUAACCAGGUAUCCUGGAGGUUGAACCCGGGAUGUUCUACAUCCAAACUAUGUAUGCUCUACCAGAGAGCUGUGGCCCUUUUUUAACACCAGCUCCAACUCUACACAACAGACCAUGCUCUUCUUAGUGCCCUAGUGAAGUAGGAGUCUAAAUCUAAAUCUCCAGUCCAGGUAGCCUCAGGAAUAACAAAAGGCCUGUCCAUUUAUUAAUAAUCUCUAGUAUAAUACUGGUUUGUGUUUUAGGUUUCUGGCUGCUAGUGAGGGAUGGAUGUCAGUUUACUAAAAUCUAGUAUAUAGGUUCAGUCAUGCACUCCACAUAAUGAAGUUACUUCUGAAGAUUGAAACUGUGAGUUUCUGGAUUCUACUGAAAACUUGUGUGUGUUUUUAAUGAGGUUUGGAGCACAAUGAUUAGAUUAAAAGAUAAUGCUUUAUGCCUUCUCCAAAGCUUUUUAUGACUGCAAGCUGCUAUUGUUUGUUUCUGACCAGGGUGCAGAAUUGUACCCUUACUAAGCUAAAUAUCAGUGGAAAGUGCUCUUGUACUGGUGUUGCAUUGGGGCUAACCCAUUCCUUCCGGGGAAUAUAAAGCAAUAACACAUUGGGGUCUCCUAGGACAGUGGCCCCAUUUUGAUCUUUCUUCCUUCCAUGCAAAUCCAGCUGUGAAGGGUUUCUUUGUGCAUAACCAUCUUUAUCCCCAAGAGGGUUACAGCCUUUUCUCAUUGUUGAUCAUACAGGUUCCAAUGCAAUUAGAGUCCUAAAUUUAGGGCUAAUAGAAAGGAUACAUUUGGCCCAAAUCAUAGUGUUAUGGAUGCAUGGAUGAUGAAGCCUUAGGGUAUAGUUACAGAUGUUUUUGGUGUAACCAGGGGCGGGGGGGGGGGGGAGAUGAUCAUGCAGGUCUAAGCAACCAUAAAGUUCCCCCCAAAGGGCUAUAGAGUAAAGUGGAGACCUGGGAUGCAAAGAAGUUCGUAUGUUUCCAUAAACUUUGACAUAAACGCCAACAAGCUUAUUUAAUUAAAUGGACUAGAAGCAUCCAAUGUGUUUGCCUACUUAAUGGGUGAGAUUAACCCAGAGAGGUGGUGGUAACUGAUGAUUUGUUGAUACUGUGAAGGAAGGACUGUGUGUCACUGAGUGGGUUAAUUUUGUUUGAUAACUGAGGCUUGGAUAAUGGCAUCCUGUCUUGGAUGCUUUUAGAAGAAACAUCCUUGAGGCAGUCCUACAGAAAGGGGGGACAUGAACUCCAGAUUAUUUGCGUCAGAAUUUGCAGUAGUGCCAUGAGUUUUGUUAAGUCAUGGAUGGGGUCCUUGAUCCUGAAGCCCUUUUUGCAGUUUGGAUCCCAGGCAGCCUUUUAGCUUCCGACUGUCCUUUUGGUGAAGGACACAGGCUAUGAUCCAAAGAAGGGGCAUACACUAGCAGGAACAAGCAGUGCGUGCAGUUGAAGAUUUGCUUGCUCCUUUCAACACAGCAGUUUCCACUGUAGAAGAGGAAAGCCUCUUCUCGAGCUACGUGAUGGCUUGUCUCAUCCGCAGUUGGGAACUGCUGACAACUGUGAAAUUCUGGCUGUACAUACUCCCCCUUCUUUAGAUAGUGACCACGGGCCUCAGAAGAUUAGGUGAUUAUUUCGUGGACAUAUGAAUUGCCUUGCUCGGUGACUCCAAGAUCUUGCUUUGUUUUCAUGUUCUGCGGGUUGUGGUCCUCGGAGGCAUCUAUCUGGCCUUGGCUGUAAAGAGAAUUCUGGCCAAUGACCCAGCAAAGCAGUUCUGCAUCCCCAAGUCUCUCCUUCCAAGCGACCUGAAGUCAUGUCAAAGACCGAACUUACUGGCUCCUUUCCCAGAAAGAGGUCUUUUUGUCUGCCAUUUCAAGCUGGGUCUAUCAUCUCUUGUUUCUCUGUAUUCGAAGAUCAUUUUCCAAACAAAUGGACGUUUCUAGGUUUUAAGAAGUGAUUUAAUAAAAAGAAACCUUG